AUGAAGUUCAUCGACAUUUUAUUCUUACUGACCGCAGCAGCAACCGCUAAUGCAAUACUGGUUUCAGAUAACGGCAAUGACUCAGUUCAGGCAUCAAGCACUUCCAGUCAAGUGUCUGGCCCAACCAAUGAACCUGAACCAGGUACUUCCAGACAAAGCCAGCAAUACUUGCAUCGAACUGGUCCAAGUGCUCCAAAACGAAUUCGAAAACGAAUUCGAAAACGCCCAAGCGGUAGGCCUGGUUCAAGCACUCUCGAUCCAGACCAUAAACAACUAAUGUAUCAACCCGGUCAAAGCACUUCCAAUCAAGACCAGAAACAACCAAUGGAUCAACCCGGUCCAAGUGCUCCAAAUCAAGCGGUUGUAUUAAGCGAAGAAGACCAGGAAAUCUUGGAUAGUCUAAACCAAAAACUUGAAGAGCUUGAAAAAGAUGAAGUGGCCAAGAUCAAAAAAUAUUCUAAGGGUAUAGCUUAUCAAUUUAAACUAUGGGGAGUAUUAAAAGAUGAUGGACAGGCAUCUGACCCAAAUUACACCCCAAGAGGUAUAAGGCGAUUGAGAAAAGAUUGUGAAGAAGUAAGAAAAUCAAUAGUCAAUAUCAGAAAAGAAUUGAAAACGUUUAUGGAAAGUCAUGGUUUGAAAUAUGAAGAUUUGCUCUCUGACGCUGCACAGUUGUACGGAGAUUUGAAUUCGGAUUCGGAUUCAGAUUCAGAUUGA